CAACAUAACCAACUUCACUGCGCAGUGAAGUGCCAUUCGAUGCCCAAAAUGCCCUCCACAUGCCGCCGCGACCUGUGAAACGCGAGGAUGAGUUGGACAAGCUACUUAGGGAUCUGCCUGCCAUGGGCGCCUGGAUCUGGUCGCAGCCUUGGCUCAUCGACGAUGACACCAAGGUGGCAAAGCGAGUUGCAUGGCUCAACAAGUUUGGCCACCUCGCCCAGCCCAUCGACUGGCCGGAGGUGGCUGACUUGCUGGACAGCCUCAAGGUACCCCAGGCGAUGGUCUUGCUACAGGAGCUGGAGAUGCAGGGCAACAAGGUGGCCGACCCCACGGACUUCAUCAAGAGGGCUGUGGCCGUGGCGCAGGUUGGGGGCGAUGAAAUUGAGCCCGCGGGGUCCGCGGUGACCGCCCGGAUCGCGGAGCUGAACGAGUCCGGGACGCUGGCCGCCCCAAUUGACAUCACUGUGGGCGAGGAUUUGGCCCGGCUCCCGGAGAGCGAUGCCCUUGAACUGCUGCAAGAAGUGGCCAGUCGAGGUGCUGGGGUCAAAAACCCCACGGGCGCCAUCCGCUUCAAGUUGAAGGCGCGACUGGCAGUGCUGGAUGACAGCAAGAUCCUGAAGCGCUCGCGUCCAGCGGUCGCUUCGGCGUUCGCUUCGAAAAAGGCAAAAGUUCAACAGGAGAAGCCCGUGACUCCUUUGCAGGCGGUUCAGCAGGCCAACCGUGCCGGCAGCAUCUUUGAGGCCAAGAAAGAGGAAGAGGAGGAACAGGAGUUGCCGGAGCCUGAGCAGGAGCACGAGCACCAGGAAGCCGUCGAUGAGUGGUGGGCCGAGGAGGAGGUCGUCACAGAGGACUACAGCGAGAAGGCCGAGGAAAUGGAUGCGCUGGACCAGGAUUGGUUCGAUUGGGCGGCUGCCGAUGAGCCUGUCAAAAAGCCUCGAACCAGCGCGGCGGAGUUGGGGCUGCAGGCGCUGCCUUUGCCGCGGAAGAAGGAAGCCAGGGCCGCCCCGCGCGUGGUGGGCGGCCUGACGGGCUACAGGCAAUUGGUGCCAGCCCGGGCAACUGCGCAGAGGAGCUACGAAGGCGUGAAGCAAGAGCCGGAGAGUUCUGUGCAAAAGCCAGCACCCGUUUCCGGAGCCAGCUCGCGCCUGCCCAUCACGCCACAGGAGAAGAUGAGUCAGGUGAGGAAUUACGCAUGGAAGCGCAAGCUGCAGCUCAACGAGGAGAGCCUCAAGGGACUCGCACGCCUGCCCUUUUAUCGUGCCAAAGACCUCAUUGAGGAAGUCAUCCUGGGAGGCCGGAAGCGGCAAGGGGUGAACAACCCAUCUCGCUACAUCAUCAACGCGGUGCAGAAGCUGUCGGUGGGCUUGGUCCCGCAGGGCAUUGCGAUGGAACUGGCGGUCUCCUUGGGCGUGGUCCUGAACAAUGACGCCCUGGAUGAAUUGGCGUCCAUACCCCGACAGGAAUCCCAUGGGAUCAUCCGGGAGCUCGCUCGAAAUCCUGCUCUCCGUGGAGAUCCGAUGCAGUACAUCCAGCAGGAGGUCUCGAAAUGCAGAGACCAGAUGGAUGACGGAACAGAUGCGCGGGCUGGAAAACACGAAUGAUGUGC